GAAUGCGGCUUCUCCGGCAUGUAUGACAAGAUCCUGCUGUUCCGCCACGACUUAAGCGACGAGAACAUCCUGCAAAGGCUCACCUCGGCCGAGGACAUCCAUGAAGGAGACCUAAUCGAGGUGGUGCUCUCUGCUCAAGCCACAGUUGAAGACUUCCAGAUCCGACCACAUGGCCUUUAUGUCCACUCCUACAAGGCCCCCACCUUCUGCGACUACUGCGGGGAGAUGCUAUGGGGUCUCGUCCGGCAGGGGCUCAAAUGCGAAGGAUGUGGGCUAAACUACCACAAGCGCUGUGCCUUUAAGAUCCCAAAUAACUGUACGGGUGUCAGGAAGAGGAGAUUGUCCAAUGUCUCCCUGCCCGGACCCUCCCUCUCCGUGCCCCGACCCCCACCUGUUGAAAACACUGUGGUCGUCCUGGACGAGCAGCAGAGGUCCCAUCAGGAGGCGGGGAAGCGGAUCCUGUCGUGGAGCGGCCGGCCUAUCUGGAUGGAGAAGAUGGUGCUGGGACGGGUUAAAGUCCCGCACACGUUUGCCAUUCACACCUACACCCGUCCCACUAUCUGCCAGUACUGCAAGCGCCUGCUCAAGGGUCUCUUUCGCCAGGGCAUGCAAUGUAAAGACUGCAGGUUCAACUGCCAUAAGCGAUGUGCGUCAAAGGUACCUAGAGACUGUUUGGGGGAGGUGGACUUCAAUGGAGAGCCAGCCAGCCCCGGCCCGGACUCGGACACCACCAUGGACACUAUGGAGGUGGACAGUGGGGAUAUGGACGGGGGCAGAGGACUGGACGACCCAGAGGAACCCUCCACCCCGGACGAGAGGAUGUUCGACAUGGACUCUCCCUUAUUGGAUAGAGAGAAGGACGAGGAGCCCAUCAAGACUAUUAGCCCUUCCACUAGCAGCAACAUCCCUCUGAUGCGGGUGGUCCAGUCCAUCAAACACACCAAGAGGCGGAGCUCCACUGUGGUGAAGGAAGGCUGGAUGGUUCAUUAUACGAGCAGGGACAACCUGAGGAAGAGACAUUACUGGAGGCUGGAAGGCAAGAGUCUGAGUCUUUUCCAGAACGACACCGGAGCCAAGUUCUACAAAGAAAUCCCUCUGUCGGAGAUCCUGCAGGUGGAGCAGUGCAGAGACUACAGUAGCCUGGCCCAGGGCAGCAACCCUCACUGCUUCGAGGUCAUCACAGCCACCAUGGUGUACUACGUGGGGGAGAACAACUGCAGCCUCUACCACAGCCCCGCGCUGGCCGCCUCGGGUGUCGGCAUGGACGUGGCUCAGGGCUGGGAGAAGGCCAUCAGACAGGCCCUGAUGCCCGUCACCCCCCAGCCCAGCGUGGCCAGCGCCGCGGGACAGGGCAAAGAUCAUAAAGAGCUGUCCAUCAGCAUAUCUGUGUCCAACUGCCAGGUCCAGGAGAAUGUGGAUAUCGCUUCAGUGUACCAAAUAUUUUCUGAUGAGGUGCUGGGAUCCGGCCAGUUUGGCAUCGUGUAUGGAGGCAAACACAGAAAAAGCGGCAGAGAUGUGGCCAUCAAGGUUAUUGACAAGAUGAGAUUUCCUACUAAGCAGGAGAGCCAGCUACGGAAUGAGGUGGCCAUAUUACAGAAUCUGCACCACCCGGGUAUCGUGAACUUGGAGUGCAUGUUCGAGACGCCGGAGCGAGUGUUCGUCGUCAUGGAGAAGCUGCACGGCGACAUGCUGGAGAUGAUUUUGUCCAGCGAGAAGAGCAAACUGCCGGAACGCGUCACCAAGUUCCUCGUCACGCAGAUCCUGGUGGCCCUGAGACAUCUGCACUUCAAAAAUAUUGUUCACUGUGACUUGAAGCCUGAGAACGUACUACUGGCCUCCGCAGAGCCCUUUCCUCAGGUAAAGCUGUGUGACUUUGGCUUUGCCCGUAUCAUCGGUGAGAAGUCGUUCCGGCGCUCUGUGGUGGGCACUCCGGCCUACCUGGCUCCUGAGGUGCUGCGCAGCAAAGGCUACAACCGCUCCUUAGACAUGUGGUCGGUGGGAGUCAUCGUGUACGUCAGCUUGAGCGGGACGUUCCCUUUCAACGAGGACGAGGAUAUUAACGACCAGAUCCAGAAUGCUGCCUUCAUGUACCCCCCAACGCCAUGGAAGGACAUCUCUGCAGAGGCCACAGAUCUGAUCAACAAUCUCCUCCAAGUCAAGAUGAGGAAGAGGUACAGCGUGGACAAGUGUCUCAGCCAUCCCUGGUUACAGGACUAUCAGACCUGGCUGGACCUCAGGGAGUUUGAGACGCGGCAAGGCGAGCGCUACAUCACCCACGAGAGCGACGACACGCGCUGGGAGGAGUUCGGCGACGAGCACUGUCUCCUGUACCCCAAACACUUCAUCAUGGCUCCCAACCUGGACGACAUGGAGGAGGACCCCUAGUGGCUCACAGGACACCACAUGUGUUUAAAAAGGACAAGGUUUGUCACAGGGACUUUUUCAAGAAGCAAUGGGAGCGACAGAUUUUUCCCUCCAGGACUGUUUUGACUUGAAAACAGAGAGCAAGCCGAUCAGGUGGAGAAUCGCUCUCCGGAGGCUUUAAGAGCGGGAAAAAACCCGACAGAAUUUGUAGCAUGAUGCGCCGCUACGAGCAGUAUGCAGGUGGAGAUGCAACAGAAACGCAUUGAGAAACUGUGGAGAUAACAGUGUUUGCACAAAAUCUAAAAACAUUCCAUGGAUUUCCUAGUUUCUUUUUUAAGAACAAUCGCAAAACAAGGUGAACGUAAUAGUUUAGUUAGUGUACAAAACAUUUUGGAGUAAUAAUAUGACUGUUCUUUAUGUGAGAGAAGAGGUCUGACAGCGCUUACCCCAGGAGUAAAGUGCACUUUCCACAAGGGAUUUACAGUCCGAGAAUUUAAAACAUUUUUUUAUUCUCAUUUCCCAACCGUUUGUGAGACUGGCCUUUUGCUUGAAACUGGAACAAUCACAUGUUUGUAUGUUUUUUUAAUGUAUUUCAUAAUUGUGGUCGAUUUUUGCACUAUAUUACCAAUUGAACCGCAAUAUUUGCUGCGGUGUUUUGCGAAGCCAAUCGAGGUGCAAAGUUUAAACCAGCAGGAAGUUGAUGCAACUCGCUCCAAUUGGCUGCUCCUCCAUCCUUUAUUUUAGAGCUGCAACUAAUCAUUAAGUUGAAUCUUCAGAUUAUUUUCCACAGAAAUCCAUUACAAAUGUGGUCGAGAAAAUGUCCGACAGUCAAUCCUAAUUUCCUAAAAAGUCAGAGGUAAUGUUUGUUCUUUCAGUCAAAACCAAGAAUAUUGUUUAAUAUGAUAUUAAACAGAGUAAAGCGGUAAAUCUCCAUUUAUGAGAAGCUAAAAACUGUAUUUUCUGCAGAUUUUGCACGUCAAUUAACUACAUUGAGUUUAAGAAUCCGUCGAUUGACUUAUCGUUGCAGCUUUUAUUUAUUUUUACAGCGAGCUAGCAGCUAAUGGCGGCCGUGUUUGAUCAACUUUCCCCUGGAGUUGGUGACCAACAGACCCUGACCAAACAUGUUCAAUCAUUUCAAUGUUUCCAAACCUUUUUCUAAAGCUACACGAAAUCCUCAAGUCACUGAAUUGUUAGUAAAAUGCAAUAAUGGAGCCAUUUUUUCCUAUUCAUCAUAAGGCUGAAGCAGCAUGGACUCUAUGUUAGAGCAUCAUGUCUCUGUGUAUAUCUGUACUGUCGCAGUAUUGUUAAAUGUGACUCUGGAAUAUGUGUGUGUGAUGCUCUUUAGGUAUCUGAAGUGUUGCGUCGCCAACUGAGCUUUCACACAGAACAAAAUGUUGGCGUUCAUUAUGUUGUCUGGACCAAUCAACAGCCCUUUGGUCUGGACUGAGGACACUCUUACACUUUGGUUCACAUGGGAGUUUAUUGAACUACAGUUUUGUAGUUUGCUCUGUUGGUGUGUUUUGGGAGUAAGUUCCUGUUUUCCUGUUGUCCUCUUGCUGUCUUUGUUGCCGCUGGAUUGGCAGGUGUCAGUGUUUUGUAUAUUUCAGUAAAUACCAAUGGAAUAAAAAACCCAACUUCCCAACUGAAGAAAGUUUUGUUCC